UUGAUCGUCCCCGUCAGGCUGCAACAAUAUUGCAAAAAGCAUAGGAACGUACGAGUCCAUUAUCCAAUCGAUUAUUGCCAAUACGGAUGGGCUCUCCGAGGGGCAAAGACAUAUCCAUUAGCAUCACGUCAGCUUUUUUGAAGUUAUGCGGUCUGUGGAUGGCCGCCAGCCCGUCCGAGCAACGCGCCAGAGAUGUCAUGUUCGUUUACACGGUCGGCUCGAUCUUCUUCGCCGUCUAUCUGCAAUCGUCGAAUAUUUAUCUCGCGUGGGGUGAUCUGCACGCCAGUCUUUACGCCGUGUGCACCUUUAUCACAGUGUUAAUGCCGUUGGUGAAAAUAUUCGUUCUGUUCGCGCACAGAAAAAAUCUGUUCCGUUUGAUCAUACACAUGCAACGAAAGUUUUUGCAAGUGGACUACGACGACAGUUACGAGAGAUUGAUUUUUAACAACUGGAAACGUCUGUGCGCGUUCUUCAUUUGUGUCUUCACGUUCUGCACCCAGGCUACUUCUUUUUCAUACAUCGCUAAGCCGCUUAUCGUAAAUAUUGGAAAAAACGAGUCGGAAAGAAUUCUCCCUUGGGACAUGCUGAUUGGUUUGCCACUUUCGACGACACCUUACUAUGAAGUAACAUAUUUGAUACAAAUUCUCGCUACAUGCCAAGUUAGCCUGGGUUACAUCUGUUUCGACAACUGCUUAUGUAUGCUUAAUCUACACGCAGCUUGUCAGUUUCGUAUAUUACAAUAUAGAUUGGCGAACAUGCCAGGUUUGGAAAACGAAUCGUUACUGACGAAGAAUGAGAAGCCAGAUACAAAUUCGUCAACUUAUUCGGAUAAAUAUUACAAUUUGUUCAUUAAUUAUGUGCGACAGCAUCAAACGCUUAUCGCGUAUUGCGAAACGGUCAACGAGGUGUUCAGUCUGAUUGCUUUUGUACAAGUCUUACUGUUCAGCUUGCUGAUUUGUCUCGACAGUUAUCAAGUAGUAAUGGCGAACGCGGCUUUCGCGACACGGUUGGUUUUCCUUUUUCAUAUUGUGACUUGCAUGAGUCAAUUGUUCAUGUUCACGUUCAGCUGCGACUGUAUUGUACAAGAAAGCGCGAGCAUAAAGUCGGCCGUGUACAGUGGGCCUUGGACAGGUUUACCAAUGACGACCAGCGGAAAAUCGUGUCGACGAGAUGUCAUGUUCGUUAUCAACAGAUCUCAAGUCCCUUGUCGUUUAAGUGGCAAUGGAUUUUUCAUUGUGUCGUUGGAGACGUUCACUAGGGUUUUAAGUACAGCUUUCUCAUAUUUUACGUUAUUAAGACAUAAUGCCGAGACAGUACAUGAUUGAAAUGAUACUAUACAUAUGUAGUUGGCUUCUGGAUGUCAUCAACUCGCGGCGAGGAAUUAUUCAGAAACGCGAUGAUGGCGUCCACGCUAAU